GAACAAGCACCCGCCAUGGCAACCGCGGUGUGCCGGGGGCUACCAGCCAGAGUGGCAAGGGCCAGCGGCCUGCACGGAGCCAUGCCCAAGGACAGGUGGCCCAGCCCCAGCGCAGAGCGCCCCGGUGCCUGGUUUGCUCAUGUUGGGGAAUGCCAGAGUCAACCUGAGUCAACCACCAGCUCUGCCCUGAAGCAGGCCCAGGACGCGCAGGUGGCCCAGCACAUGGAGGGCAGGCUGCCGCUCACAUACAGAGCUCGGGAGCAGAGAGCAGUGAACAACAGCUUCCCAUUUUCUUCUCAUGACAACAGACACUGCCUACAGAAUGUAGGAGAAUAUUUUGAUUUUGGUAUGGGCCGGAGAAAGGUGGAACCAGAGAGAAGGCAGCAGAAUUCACAGAACUUCUUCCUGUGGGCUCACGAAUCAGUUCCUAGCAGUGAGGAUGGCUUAACCAUUUAUCAGACAUCAUUUGUGAAGGAUCAGAAUACUGAGAGCCCAUUCUGUAGGCGAUACCCAAAACACCACACAGAAGAAUCUCACACUGACAAAUCUGCUCCUGAGAAUGGAAAAAACAUGCAACCAAACAAGUCAUCAUAAUUAUAAAAACACCUUUGUAGCACUGACUUACAUAAUCAGAGCCUUUUCUGGAGAUCUGAACUAGUUGUCACUCGAAUGAUGAAAUAAACGUGUGAAGUGAAUAAAGUGGUAGUAUAGCUGAGAGUUCUUUGAAGUCAGCAAUCCUGGGUUACUCUGAAAACAUGCAUUACUGUAAAAAAUGUAAUGAAGAAAAGCAUUAUGAGGAAAAGCGUGAUUGUACAUACUUUUAGAAAUACCUGUAUUAGGAGAACAGAGGUGUUGACUAUACUUGUGUUAUUUGAUACUGGUUGAUCCUCAUCUUCACACAAAAGCUCCUUCAGCUUCAGAAUCAAUGGUAUGGCUAAACCUCAAGCAGCUGACAGCGUCUGUGUUGACAGAAGUGUAUAAUGGAACUGGAUCCUUGAGGGUUCACCGUAGCAGGGAGCCAAAACUGCAUGUUCAGAUACGAGAUAAACUUUUCUGAAAGGUUUUAUGGAGAUGAAGGCAUGUUGCUAGCCGUUAGGGAAACUAGAUAACAAAGAUGCUGAGCAUUAGAUUGCUGUGCAAAAUAACUGUGAUGCUUUGUUGUAACACAGCCGUUGCGUAAGUAAAUAAAGAAAGGAUGUGGCAG